CCGUUCCGUUCCCGGCUUCAUUCUUGUGAGUCCAUCACCGUCCCGCCUGUAUGCUGCCACUGGAUCUAAGUCUGCUGGAUUACCGCGCCGUUUCUCCGCUCAUUAUUCCUGACGCUUUUCCACGGCAGGCAAAGUUGGGCAUCCAGAAACUACAUGGUGACUGCCUGUAUAUUUUUAUGCUGUUUGAGCUUCAAAAUGAUUUCACUCUUCACUGGAAGAAGUGUAAUUUUUAUAUGACAGAGAAAAGAGCUCUGUCUCUUUUUGGGGGACUGUUUACUUAUAGGAUAGGCUAGUGAUUUUGCAAUAUUUUGAACUUCGUUGUCUGGUAAUUUGGUCGUGAGGGACAAGAUGGGUGGGGUUAAAAAUGUAAGAAAUGGAGAUGUCUUUACAUGUUUUUUUUAUCAAACAGACAUUCUAACCUCAAUCACCCUUCUUUAUUUUGACUGAUGAUGUGACCUUACUGGUCUUUGUUUUGGGUGUUUUUUUUUAGUGUUGGUGUAUUUAUUUAUCAUCACACUGGAGGGUCAACAUUGGAUGUUUGACUGCACUUGAACUUUCACCUUCUCCAGCUCCUUCCUUUUUCAGGGGGCUCUGAACCUAACCCCCAUAUCUGUAACACCGCGUAGAACCCCUCUCCCCCCUCUGGGGCUCUCCCUGGACCUUCCCAUCUCUCUCUGCUGCUUGAGGACAGAGACAGCCCCACCAGGAGAGGGGUUGUUAGGUAGGAAGACACCCCCCUCCCAAAGGUGAGAGGGGGGGGAAGAUGGCAGCUCUCGCCAGCUCUCUCAUCAGACAGAAACGGGCGGUCAAGGACGACGGACAAAACCGACCUGUAGCCAACAAAAGGAAGCCCUGUCCUAAGAGCAACAAGUCUCUGUGCCAGAAACAGAUCUUAGUCCUUAUCUCUAAAGUACGGCUAUGUGGGGGUCGAAAAGGUCGAAACGAAAAGAGACCGGAGCCCCAGUUGAAAGGCAUCGUGACCAGGCUGUACAGUCAGCACGGAUACUACCUGCAGAUGCAGCCGGAUGGCACCAUGGAUGGCACAAGGGACGAAGGCAGCUCCUUCUCACAGUUCAACUUGAUUCCUGUGGGUCUGAGGAUCGUGGCGAUCCAGGGGGCAAAGACAGGGCUCUACCUGGGCAUGAACAGCGAUGGGUACCUCUACACCUCUGAACACUUCACUCCAGAGUGUAAGUUCAAGGAGAGUGUGUUUGAGAACUACUACGUGACGUACUCCUCCAUGCUCUACCGCCAGAACCAGUCGGGCCGCUCCUGGUAUAUCGGUAUCAACCGCGACGGACAGGUUAUGAAGGGCAACCGGGUGAAGAAGACGAAGGGAGCCGCACACUUCCUGCCUAAAGUUAUUGAAGGUUGGUCACAUGCCCUCCAAGCUAUGACGAAUGUUUGAGAGGAACAAAUAAGACAGGGAUAUAUCAGAAACAUAUUAAGUUAUCAUAGAUGUCAUAGAUGUGCACUGGACACUCAACCGUUUCUCUCUUCUGCUCCACAGUUGCCAUGUACAAGGAGCCAUCGCUACACGAACUAGUCAAUGAACAGAAAGAAAAAGAGAAGGAAAGAGAUAAAGACAGCCCUGCUCGGAAGACAGUGAAGACGUCAGAAGAACGUCAUGAAAUAACAUUCUCCAUCAAGAACUGCAGGAAAGAGAAAAAAGCUCCCAAGGCUGACGCCUCGUAGCACAGGGGACCUAGGGGAGGGGAGGGGGAGCAGUGACACUGAGAACUCAAUGGGGACUCAAUCACCCAUGAUGCGUUGGGCUGGCUGGAGGAAUGACCCUCAUGGGCUCCCUUUACCAGAAGUGCACUGGGCUGCACCAUGCUGACGGGUCAGGGGUCAACAGCUCAUCAGCAGCUCACCAGGUCUGGUUCUGGGAGGGUUUCCUCUCACCUGUCACCAGAGAGAGAGAGAGAGAUGGACCAGGGACCGAGUCAGCAUCACCACCCUUCCACCCUGUCAAUCACCUCUACCCCUCCUCUGGUACACUCACUACCAAAAGCACAGCCUGUGUCAUACCUCUUUAAUUGACCUACUGCCCUCCAUCACCUGUCUCAAUUUUCAGAAAUCACCUACCCUCGCCCACACACAGUCAUUUCUAAUCCGUGUAUUUUGAUGUAUGUGCGUGCGAUUGUGUGUGUGUGUAUGUUGGAGAAAAAGUGUGUAACACUAAUCACUUCAUGUCACCAUAACCGCCAUGCGUGGGUCCACUCUUCUAAGUAAUGGAAAUCACCAUGGUGAAAGUGUCGCUAUGCCUGGCCUCCACCAUCUGCCCACCUGCAAAUCUCACACCCCACAGGCGGACGUGGGCCAUCAAAAUGAUGCUUUAUUGGACAACAUCUGGGGGAUCUAUUUAUAUUUGAUAGUAGGCCUGUCUGUUGAACCGCAGUCUGCCAAUCACUUUCAAAAAUGCCAAAUCUUCUGCUGAAAGAGAAAAGUCAAGCCAGCUCUUUUUGGGGGAUCAGAGAUAUCUACAGGCUACAGGAUAACCUUUUUCAGUGACCAGCCUUUUCUAGCUCACUCUUUCAAAGUCCAUUUCUCCUUUGAUCAAUCACAAUGAGGAAAUACAUGGAGGGAACUGAAGAAGUUUAUCAUAUUAAAUCAUGAGGAUGAUGUAAAGGAUGAUAAUGAGGAUGAUGAGGAUGAGGAUAAUUACAAUGGUUACAGUGAUUGUGGUGAUAUUGAUGAUUCAACUGCCGCGUAACCUUGCAAUAAUCUCACAGGCAAAAUAACGAGACAGAAAUGUCAGGGUAUCCCAUUAUCUGAAGUUGAUAGCCAUUUGCCCUUCUGGAGCCAUGAAAGCACCAUGUCCAAAUUACUAUUAGAACCCUGACUGGGACAUGACUGCCAUGUCUGGCCCACAUAACAUUAGCCUGACAGAGAUGAUUUCAGAUUGGGCUCAGCAGGCUGAUUCUGAGCAUGUGAGAGAGUGAUGGAGCUAAAUGCCCUCUGGGCCCAAUGUUAUUAUGAUGCAACUCUUUGAAGGUUAUUUCCUGGGGAUUUUAUGGAAUACAGACAAAAUUGCUUAAGUUAUUCGCUUAAAUGUAUGUAAAAAAAAUUAACAUGUCUCUGCAAUAUUUGUACAGGUUUGAGUCUCUGUCAGAGCUGGGCUGUGUUAAAAAAAGGAAGUACGGCAUUUUAUACAAGUGAGGGAGAUAGUGACAGUGGUUAUGAAUGUGCAUGCUUAAAAUACUCCCAAUUGCUAGCCUCCAAAACUCACCUUGUGGUGCUCAUAAUUCACUAAACUAUUUCAGAUAAAUGGUAAGGAUUGGACCUGUUAAAUCUGAUUAAAUUCUCUGUCACCUGAAAGGUAGUGCUAGUGACCUCUGAGUGUAUCCUUUGCUUGGCAACUGUUGUCGACAUGAAGCAGAGUUUAAAGCUGACAUCAAAGUCUGAGGAGGCUCUUAGCUGGAGCACAAUAGAUAUAUGGGGCUUUCUGGAUGAGUUUUUAUAAGACACAGCUGGAGCACCUACUUGCUAUUCUAAAGACAUCUCACUGCUUAUCCCCUCACCAGAGUUAUCAAAUCACCACAGAGGAAUCCACUCGCAAAUAUGGAUUUCUUUGUGUGCGUGGCUGUUUGUGAUUGUGUUCUUCUCCCAGUGUAUGGAUGUUUGUGGGAAUAUGUGAGUUUAUUUUGGGAGUGCAUAGUGCACGUAUCCAUGUUUGUGCAAGUGUCUGUUUCUGUGUGUGUGUAUCUGUGUGUUGAGUGGGAGGGGACUUCUACAAUGUCCUUCAUACUGGACAUGGGGCACUGUGAGGGGUGUCUUAGUGAUGUCCUUCUCUGUGGAGAUGAUGUUUGGGUGACAAAUGGCCACCUUUCAAACCCAGCACUGGCACUGCAUUGUUAUUGGCCUGAGAGUGCUGAAGGAAGCAAUGGGCAAUAGCAUCUGAAACAAACCAUGAACAUAAAAUUACAACAUACACAGGGACAUCCUGGUGUACAGAAGGCUGAUUUUCUAAGCAUGGGGAUAUAUGAAGUAAAAUGCCCAAAGGCAUUGCUGCGUAGCUUGUUCCUGCCAUGGCGGCUGUGCUGUCAGAGUGAGAUGGCAGGGGUGUUCUGUGUGACCAGCUCCUGUCCUGUCUAGUGGGUCACUGAGAAGGGAUGGCAACACAAGUGAGCUUAUUAUUUUCGUCCCUUACAGAGCCCCUCUGUAAGAAACAGGCAAUAGCAGUGGACUGCCUGUAAAUAUGUUACACAACAUUACAGAAGAUGAGGGAAAACCCAGAGAAGGAAAAUACAUAACAAAUGAAAAUCUAAUCAAAUUUUAUUGGUCACAUACAGUACACGUGUUUAGCAGAUGU